AUGCAGGACAAGAAGUUGGAUGCCCGUGCACAGGAGAAAAGGAAAGAUUGGCAGACUCGGGAAUUUCCCCAGCAGCAUCAGAAGGAAAGACACCAGAAAGACAUGGCCAAGUUUGCCAGCUUGUUGAAUAUGCACAACUUACCUCGCGAGGCAGCUGGUACAUCAGCUACUAGAUCCUCUCCUACCACGACGAGAUUAGAUGGGCAGUCGGUUGAGGCGAACCGAAAGCCCGAUACGCGGCAAGAGCCGCAGGAACAGCCGCAGGACAUAGCGGCAGGAGAGGCACCAGCAGUCGACGAGGCCCAGAGCGCAGCUGGGCCGACUGGGCAGAAGCUGAUUGUUCGGCACAAGUUCGAUGGCAGAGAAUAUGGUGACAGCUACCUGGUCCUUCAGAAGGGUGAUGUGCUCAUCUUCUUGAGGGAGGAAUCAGACUGGGCCUUCUGUCGACGUGAGGUGCCUGGCCCUGGACCUCUGGAAGGAUGGUUUCCGCCCAACUUCGCGCAAAAAAUGGCUCAGGGGGCAGAGGCAAAAAAAGCGCGAUGCCUGCGUGUACUCACCAUCCUGCAGCCUCAGAAGAACGACUGGCCGAGUGGCCGGAUCAAAUGCAUUGCAGGGUGGCCGCAAGUUGCACAGCGGCUCAAGUCUGAGCCUAGGCAGUCCUACGCCCAUGCAUGCCCUAGCCAUUCGACCUACCCAGCUGCGCAGACACUUUGA